AUGGAAGGGUUAAUUAAGGUGCAAGCUGAUCUUAAACAAAAGAUUAGUAGUGGAUAUUCUAACUUUAGGAAAUCGCCUAAAGCUCGUAUAACAAAACCAUACGUUGAAACUAGAUUAGAACAACUGGAAAAACAAUGGUCACAGUUUGAGACUAACCAUUAUAAUAUUAUAAGUGAAGCUGAUACUGAUAAAAAGGAAACAUUGUGUAUAAAACAAAAUGUAUAUGACAGUGUAGAAGAAAGUUAUGUGGCUUAUAAAGUAGAACUUAAAGAAGCAUUAACAGAUUUAUUAGCCGUCACCCAAAGUACAAGUUCAAAUGUUACUAUGGAGGCGGAACCGCCUGCUAUGAGGUUACCCAAAAUUGUUUUUCCUUCCUUUUCAGGUCAAUAUAUGGAGUGGCAAACCUUUCAUGAUUUAUUUGAAUCAUUAAUACAUAAUAAUUCGUCCUUAGCCGAUGUGCAGAAGCUACAUUAUUUAAAAGGUCAUCUGACGGGUGAGGCGGAACAGCUUUUAAGACACAUUCCCAUCACUGAUGCAAAUUAUGAAACAUGUUGGCUUCAACUGAAGAAGAGAUACAGUAAUAAAAGGUACAUUGCUAACCGCAUUCUUACGAGACUGAUGGGUCAAAGGUCACUCACGUUAGAAUCCGCAAGUGGUAUUAAGCAGAUUCUAGAUACAACAAAUGACUGUUUGAACGCACUUAGUAACCUAGGAAUCGAUGUUUUGAAAUGGGAUAUUAUAGUUAUACAUCUUAUAGCACUGAAAUUAAACCCGGAAACGAGAAAGCAGUGGGAGCAGAGAAUAAGCGAGUAUACAGAUGAGUUUCCAAGCUACAGCGAAUUUCAGAAGUUUUUAGAGUCCAGAUUUAGAGCGUUGGAAUUCUUAGAACCUAAUAAAAAUGAUACUAAGUCAAAGGAAAGAGUAGAGAAACAUAAAGUAUUCAAGGUCACCACUGUUACUUGUCAGUUUUGUUCAGAGAGUCACUUAUUACACCAAUGUAAGAAGUUUUGUAAGGAAAGUUACGGAAAUCGUUACGAAUUUGUCCGGAAACAUAGAUUAUGUUUCAAUUGUUUUGGAGAUAGUCAUCCUGUAUAUCGUUGUAAAAGGAGCACAAAAUGUAAUCGAUGUGGCCGACGUCACCAUUCUUUGUUACAUCCAGAAGGAGGUGUGGGUUCGCCGCUUAAUAUAGUUUCUAAUCCAACGGAAACCCACCAGGAUAAGAAGAUUGAACAGCCGUCGGCAGAUGUAGGGCAAGUGAUUUCAAAUCAUUGUUAUGUUCCUGGUCGUGUAAUCUUAGCAACAGCUGUUGUUAGAGUAUUUAGUAGUAAGAAUAAGUGUUAUUUGCUAAGAGCUUUAUUGGACCAGGGAUCCCAAACUUCAUUCAUUACGGAGCAUUGUGCCCAAUUGUUGGGCCUUCGUAAAUCUUCAGUGAAAGGAGUUGUUACAGGCUUGGGUGGAGAGAUAUCACAUUCUAUUAAACACGCGGUACAGUUUAAAAUACAGUCCACUAUUUGCGCGAAAUUUGAGUGCGAAGUGCGAGCUUAUGUGUUGAACCAACCGUCGUCAAAUCUACCAGUAAGAAGAGUUGACAUUCACAACUGGUCAGAACUAUCAAAAUUAAGGCUAGCUGAUCCAGGAUUCGGUACACCUAAUAAGAUUGAUAUUUUACUCGGUGCUGAAGUUUAUGCGCAGAUUUUGACAAACGGAUUGGUUAAGAAUCCAUCUGGUGCAUUAACAGCACAGAAUACGGAGCUUGGGUGGAUCCUUUCAGGUCGAGUACAGUUGGAGGAAGAAUAUCCCAGCAACAUCAUAAGUUUGCAUAUAGAUGAUUCGUUGAAUCAAUUGAUUCGGAGCUUUUGGGAGAUAGAGAAUGAACAGCCUCAAAAAAUUCUUUCUGAAGAAGAUAAAAGAUGUGAGAGUUUAUAUGAUACCACUACAACUAGAACUCCAGAUGGUCGGUAUAUUGUUCGACUUCCAUUUAGGGAAGAAGAUCCUCAAUGCCAAUAUGGGGCUUUAAGAGACAUUGCGAUGCGAAGAUUCAAUCUUCUAGAGAAUAGGUUGAAUAAAAAUCCACUCUUAAAGGAAGAAUACUCAAAGGCAAUGAGUGAUUAUAUAAAUCAGGGUCAUAUGAGGGUUGUUUACUCAAAAGAGUUGGCUCAAACAGAUUGUGUUUAUUUGCCCCAUCAUGCCGUGGUACGUGAGGAUAAAACGACGACCAAGGUCCGAAUAGUUUUUGACGCCUCCUGCAAAGGAAAAAACGGCAGGUCUCUAAAUGAUGACUUGUUGGUCGGACCGAGGUUACAGCCUGAGUUACGUCAUAUUUUAUUAAGAUGGCGUGCACAUCCUGUGUGCUUUGUUGCUGACAUCAAACAGAUGUAUCGGCAGGUAAGGGUGGACGAGAAAGACGCCAGUAAAUAUCAACGUCUUCUAUGGAGACCGAGCCAGAACAAAGAGGUUAAAGUAUUUAUGAUGACAAGAGUCACAUUUGGUGUUUCUUCGGCACCAUAUUUAGCGGUGAAGAGCCUCCAACAGGUGGCUAAGGAUGAAGGCCAGAAUUAUGAGCUGGCAGCAUGUAGAGUUCUAAAUGACUUUUACAUGGAUGACUUUAUGUCAGGAUGUGAAAAUGAGUCGCAAGCUGUGGAGAUUUACAAGCAAGUGUCGGAAUUACUGGCUAAAGGUGGUUUCGGUUUACAGAAGUGGGCCUCCAAUAGCAGUAAGCUGAUGGAGAUGGUUCAGGAUAAAGGAAAGGAAAAGAAAUUGAAUACCAAGCUAGAUGACAUUGUAAAGAUUCUUGGGUUAUGUUGGGAUGUUACUUUGGAUGCCUUUAGGUACAAGGUAAAUUUACCAGAACAGAAGCAGAGAGUGACGAAGAGAACUAUCUUAUCAGACAUUGCUCGACUCUUCGACCCUCUUGGUUGGACUGCGCCAGUUAUCAUCAGAGCUAAGAUCUACAUGCAGAAACUUUGGCUUGCCGGUGUUUCGUGGGAUGAAGAGAUAACAGGAAAUUUACUACAAGAAUGGAUUACCUUUAGACAAGAUUUACCUGUUCUCAAUCACGUCAUUAUAUCACGCUGGACUCACAUGAGUGAAAGUGUGGUUGAUGUGUCCAUACAUGGGUUUUGUGAUGCAUCCAAUGACGCGUAUGCAGCAGUUGUAUACUUAAGAAUCGUUGACUCGCUGGGUGGCAUACAUGUCAGUUUAUGUGCAGCAAGAACGAAAGUUGCUCCACUGAAACAAAUUUCUACUCCAAGAUUGGAGUUGUCCGGAGCAGAGUUGCUUGCAGGCUUGCUGUCUGAAAUCGCUUUAGUGAUGGGUUUAUCGAGAUCACAAAUCCGAGCGUGGACUGAUUCUACUAUCGUUCUGGCAUGGUUAAAGGGUGAACCAAGCCGCUGGAAGACCUUUGUCGCCAAUAGAGUGACAAAGAUUCUUACAGUACUAGACAAUGAGCAAUGGUCUCAUGUGGAAUCAGCCCAGAAUCCAGCCGACUGUGCGUCUCGUGGAUUAAGUCCUAGUGAUUUCAUCAAGCAUGAUUUGUGGCGCUAUGGUCCUAAUUGGUUGCGUGACCUUCAAUACCCACAAUCACAAAUGGUUGUUCCACAAACCAAUCUGGAAGAGAGGUCUAUUAAAAUUCACACUGUUAUUGAGGAUAGCCCAAGAUUACCAACAGAUAUUACCGUUUGGAAUAAAUAUUAA